AUCUCUCAACAAGUAACAACACCAAUUGAACAUUAACUCCCAACAACUUCUAGCAUUAUGCUUCUGUAUGUCUCUGUCGCUAUAUUGUCUUAUGCUGCUCUGGUCGUUUCAACACCACUGCCAUGUCAAGAUCCAGCUAACCUUGAUGGGAUGUGGCAAAAAUUGCAAGCUGAAAACGGAAAUAACGUCUUGGAGCGUAUACCUUAUGAAGUUUCCAAUCUCAAACAAGAACUCGUAAAUGGGAAGUUAACAUUUGGUGAAACAACUUGCCCGAGUAAUUCGUUAGAAUUACUGAAAACAAUAAGCGCCUCACUAUAUCACAGAUCCACUUGUCCGUACUAUUACGUCAUGGAAGAGGAUACGAAACGCUAUCCCAAAAUGAUAACAGAAGUACGCUGUCGUUGUCAAGGCUGUCUAGAGAAAUCAGGACAAAGCGAUUUCAAUGUAUGCGAACCUGUAACAUUACCUAUGAAAAUGUUAAGAAACACGGGAGUUUGCGAAAAAGGCGUGUGGAAGUACGAGCCAUAUACUCAUCAUCUACCCGUUACUUGUACAUGCGCUGUUGGUCGCGAAAAAGAAAACUCCAUUUUAAUGACAAGUCCUCCAAUCGGUGCUGACGGACCUGAAUCAAUGUAAACGUCAGCAAACGUACUAACGACGGAAUCAGGGUAAAUUAUGGAUAAAGAACAAAUCUAAAUUAAUGUUAGAGUUAGAUAUAACAUUGGUUACCAUUGUCUUUCAAUCAAACUUGCCAUUAUGUCAGAAUGCGCGUUUUCACUGCCAAUACUAGGUUCUAAGAAUAUGAAUGAAACGUGAAGUGUAUAUGUAGAUUUGAGUGAAUCUGUUGACUAAUAUUACUAAAACAUUUUAUAUCCUGUUUUGUGGCGACCAUUGGUCAAUAAGUGUAUGCUAAGAAAGGAUCUGUUAAAACGUAUGUCUCAUUUCGUAUAAAUAAUACUCAUCCAACUUGUGCCACAUUCAAAGCAUAUGCUGUGACAGAAGAGUACAAUUUGUUAUCUUUUUAUAUUUUAAUUUAUUUAUUUAUACAUGUGCAUUUAAUAAAAUUUGUUAAUAAGA